CCGCUGGGAAGCCGGAGCUGUACCCCGACGACGAACCGAAGGCAAAGGGUCAUUCGCGAAAAGAUUUAUGUUGGUAAACAGAAUCCUUUGAAGGAGAGGAAGAAAAAGGAACCCCGGUCUGGCUACGCCGUGUGCUGUAAGGCGGGCAAGCGGAGAAAAAGCGUAAGGCGGGGCGGCCUGAGUUGUGGCCGCGCCCCCUUGCCGUGGCCAUUCGGCUCAGCUAACGAAGAAGGUUCUGGAAGAAGUAUGCAGGAAGCAGAAUUUCAGUCCCAGUGAAUAUGGUCUGAAGUUUCAGAGGACUGUGCUGGAUCUCUCUCUACAAUGGAGAUUUGCCAACCUGCCCAACAAUGCCAAACUGGAGAUGGUGCCCGUCUCUUGUAACAGAGCAGGAACUGAAACCACAGUGCGGAUAGCGCUGCAGCUGGAUGAUGGCUGUAGGCUCCAAGACACCUUUUGCUCCAAUCAGACCUUGUGGGAUAUUCUUCACCAUUUUGCACAAACCAGAGUAUACUUGGAACAGUACUGUGAAAUGUCCCCUGUCUGUAUUUACAUGCGAGAUGAGGUAACUGGGAAAACUGCUUUGGAGAAGACAAGUUUGAAGUCGCUUGGCCUGACGGGAGGCAAUGCCAUCAUCAGGGUGGUCACAAAGAAGUCUGCCACCUCUGGCCAUGUGGAAGCUGGAAGCAGUGAAUAUCCUUCUGAAGAACUAACAGCAAAGCCAUCUUCUAGGGAAAAGCGAGUGGAUACACCUGUACCACAUGCAGUUGCCUCCCUAGCAAGUUCAACCUGCAAUGAUGAGACUGCAUUUGUCAACAAAUACACUGAUAAACAGGGCCGGAGUCAAGAAUCUCAGGACACUGCAGUGGACCUCUGUUCCCCUUUGGAGCCUCCCUCCUUUGUCCCUUUUGUAGGUGGUGGACAGCGUCUGGGUGGUGGUUCUCCUGCAGCAAUAAUAUCUCCAGUAUCGAAUGUGCCAUUGCCAAACCUACCAACAUCUCUGUCCAGUCCUGGAGGGCCUUCCAAGCCAAAGAAGUCAAAAAACAGCCAAGAAAAAUUAAAGGAACAAAAAGAGCAUUUGGAGCGAGAGCCAAUUGUAUGCCAUCCAGAUCUGCAGCAGCCAAUGGACUCUGGUUCACAAGAACUUCCAGAUGAGUUCUUUGAGGUCACAGUAGAUGAUGUGAGGAAACGUUUGUCUCAGCUCCAGAAUGAGAGGCAACGUUUGGAAGAAGUUCCUUUGAUGACACAAGCACAGCGAGAAGCUCGAUUGAAGGAGAAGCUUGAGCGCUAUUCAAAGGUAGUACUGAGAGUUUACUUCCCAGAUCGACAUAUUCUACAGGGCUUCUUCCAUCCCAGUGAAACAGUUGGUGCUCUGAGAAACUUUGUGAAAAGCCAACUCGCAGAUCCAGAGAUAUCAUUUUAUCUAUUUAUUACACCUCCCAGAUCCAUCCUGAGUGAUGACACUUUGACCCUCUUCCAGACUAACCUCUUCCCUGCUGCUGUUGUACAUUUUGGAUCUGAGAAGCACAAUGAUCACUAUCUGAGGCUGGACUUGCUGAAAUCAGCUGUGUCCCCUUCUGAAGCUGACGUCUUAGUAGCUAGGCGGUUGUCUAAAUCGGUACCUCGUACUAGGCCAAAUUCAGAACCUGUUCCUAGUUCCCUGCCUAAGCCAAAUGAGGCUGAUGAGAGUGUAGGAACAGGGCACUCAGAAUCGGUAAUGCCUCUUGAAGUACCACAACCACAAGCAAGGAGGACCGCAUCUGGAAAAGUGCCAAAGUGGCUGAAGCUGCCAGGUGCGAAGCGAUGAAGAAUUUGUGGUGUCCACCUUCAGAAAGAUGCCUCACCUGGCUGAGAGGCAGCAAGUUCAUUUGCCCUAUUUUCCUUCCUAUGAAAUGCUUCUAAGAACAUGCUGAAAGACAUGACCUAGCAAACUGAUUUUUCAGAAUAAAAUUGCAAACACCA